GUAUUCUCUGUUAGUCGAUUGUGAGAUAGCAUCUGGAGCAGAUCGCAUUCGGUAGCUUUAUCAGUAGAAAUAGGAUACUCCACGGAAAUGUGCACCAAAUCCUUGGCUUACUUGGCGAUCUUCGGCCUCCUUUGGAGCACAAUCGCAGGAACUGCAGUCGAUCAGUAUGGCGUAUUUGGAGGUCCGGCUUCCACAACGGAACGAAGCAACGCGGAAUUGCGCUGCAUGAACAUAAAUCCGCAACACUCAUUGGACUUGGAACAGAUAAUGGGUCUGUGGUACGGCAGCGAGAUUAUUGUGCACAGCCAAGACUUUCCGGGAACCUACGAGUACGACUCGUGUGUGAUUAUCCACCUGGCCGAUGUCACCGAACAAAUUCGUCUAUCCAAUUCCGCCCACGGUUAUGGUCAGAACCCGAAUCGGGAUUUCUACAGACCCACUACCACCACUCAACAGUCGUAUCUGGACAGAGAUGAGGAGCGAUUUGAGAGCAAUCUCCGCCGGCAAAGGUAUCUGCGUUUGGUGUGGAGCGAGAGGGACAAUAAUCUGGAGUACACCUUCAACUACACCUCCUCUGCUCCUGGUCAGUGGUCCAACAUCGGCGACCAGCGGGGAUCCCUGGUGGCCAUGAACACCUACACCCAGUUCACCGGCACCGUCCAGGUGGUGAAGGCCGUCAACGAUCACCUGGUGCUCACUUUCUGCGGCAACGAUGUGAAGAGCUCUAUUUACACCGUGGUGCUCUCCCGCAAUCGCAUGGGAUUGAGUUCAGAUGAGCUGCGCAGCAUCCGGAACCUGCUUUCCCGCCGCGGACUUUACACGGAGACCAUUCGCAAGGUCUGCAAUGGAAGUGGGCGGUUGGGCGGCAGCCUCUUCGCCCUUUUCGCCCUCCUGCUGGUAAUUCGUUUCGGCUGGGGGCGUGGGAAGUGAGCUAUGGGGAUCGCCAGAUCGUCGAUCUUCAGCCGGCGUAUAUAAUGAGUCCAGCCAUAUUACGUUAAUUUUGUAUAAAUUACUUAAGCAAUACAGAUGCGAGAUCGCCGAGUGCACUCCCCGAAAACUAAA